UCGUCAAUAGUUGCGACUGCGCGAAUCACCUGUUCUCGCGUUGUGCGUGACUUCGCGCCUGUCGUGAAUGGCCUACGUUACGUCGGACUUUGCUCCGUUUGCUUCUGCGUAGCGGGCCAUAGAAAUUGAUAGAAAUCUGUUCAUCUCUCAUCGUCAAGAUCAAAACAACGAUACACAAGAUUUUCCUUCACGUUAUACAUCUAGAACGGAAACAUGCACUUCGAUUAACUGAUAUUUCUUUUUCUGCAGUGAUAUUUUAGGUAAUAAUUGUGCGACAAGUGUCCAUUCAUCAUUUUGAACAUAUGCUUGAAUUGACGAGGACUUGACCCGACUUGACUGUGGGGAGAGAAGAGAAUUCUGAUAAUUUAUCGCUUCUUCUCUGUCGACGCAGCAUUUUCCGGUUGGCUUAUGAUUUUUUAACAUACACAUUCUUUCCUGGCAUUAAUGGAGAUAUGAGGACAAUGUCAUACAAAUUUGUUAUACAAGAGGAACAGUUUUGUAAUUAUGUUAACAAUAUAUUAAAAAGAUGAUAAUACUUUUCACAUAGCAGAAAAAAUGAUUAACGAAGAAAGUAUUGUAUCGACAUCUUUGUCAUUAAGCACAAAUCAACAUGCAGAAAUGGGGGAUGAACCAAUUGAUAAUUUAUAUCUUGCUCUGAUACAGUGCUUCGGUAUUAUACUAUGUGGAUAUACAGCAGGAAGAUUCGGUGUGAUUACAAAGUUGGAGGCAAAUGGCCUGAAUACUUUUGUUGGUACUUUUGCCUUACCAUCUUUAAUCUUUAUGUCCCUGGCGAAGCUUGACUUCACGUUGGUUAAUUGGAAAUUUCUUCUUGCUGUAUUGCUUGCCAAAAGCUGCGUCUUUGUCAUUGUACUUGUGGUUUCAUUAAUAAUUAAAAAGCCAUCGAAUCCUGGACGCGCGGCGCUUUUUGCAAUAUUUACCACUCAGAGCAAUGACUUUGCUAUUGGAUAUCCAAUGAUUUAUGCUCUUUAUGGAAAAACACACCCGGAGUAUGCCGCUUAUUUAUACCUCAUGGCUCCCAUAUCAUUGGCGAUUUUAAAUCCAAUUGGUUUUAUAUUACUGGAGAUAGGCAAGCGACGUGUAGAAGAGCACACAAACCUCAGAGACAUGGUUUAUUCUGUUGUUAAGGGCGUCGUGCUGAAUCCUGUGCUUUUUAUGACAGUCCUGGGCAUUGUAGGAAAUCUUAUCUUUAAUCAUAGUGUACCGCAUUUGCUUGCCGCAAUAAUCGAGGUGUUCGGUAACGCUUUCUCCGCUAGCGCGUUGUUCCUUCUCGGUUUAAUGAUGGUAGGAAAGAUACACAAAUUGAAAGGUACAGCGCUAGUUAUACCAGGUAUACUGAUCUCCGUGAAGCUGCUAGUCUUACCUCUAGUCAUAAGAGAAUCUAUUAUUCUCUUGAACGCUGGAGAUAAUGUCACGGAAACGAGAGAUUUAAGCACAUAUGGCUUCCUAUAUGGUACCAUUCCAACGGCACCGGCUCUGUUUAUCUUCACUUUAAGAUAUAAUGUCGAGAUCGACCUAAUCGCGUCAGCUAUGGUAGCUUGUACGUUCCUCUCUGCUCCACUUAUGUUUGUAUCGGCUAAAGUAAUCAAUGCAGUUUCCGCUGGAACUACACCGGCUAGUUAUGCACGGCAACUUAAUAUCUUUUCCUUCGAUAUAAGCGUUACGUCAAUAGCGGCUUGCGUAUGGUUAUUAAUAUGCUUCCUUGGAUUUGGACGGAAAAGAUACAACCAAGUCACUCACCGAUGUACUGUGUGCCUUGUAAUUGCACAGCUUGCAGUAGCAAUAGGUGUAAUAAUUUGGUCCAAUCUUGAUUCAAAUAAUAAUCAGACAAUAUUAUGGUAUGUCCAAUUUUUUCUAAUCACUACUGGUGUAUAUGCCAGCAGAAUGUGGACAGCUGCUAUUGCAGCAACAUUAUUAUUUUUGAGUUCACGUUCAUUGUCUUUUGUUGAAAAUCUACAUAAAUGGUUUUAUCCUCUUGGAUGGGGAAUGCCAAUUCUAAUGGUGGCAUUAACAUGCGUCACUGUUAAACUAAAUCCUUCUGAUCUUGAUUUUAAAAAUCCGAAUUUUCAAUUAGGCAGAACUCAAGCCGCUGUAUCUUCAUUUGUAUUAAUAUUCUGCUUUAUAGUAACAUUAGGUUGUUUGGUCUUACAACAAAGAUAUCAGAGAAGGCACAAUGCAAUGUCAUAUGAGCAUCUAAGGAAUAAUACAGAAAAUUCUACAAUUGAAAAUAAUGAAAGGACUAUAGUAGAUGUGGAAGACUUAGUUUCGCCAUUAAUUAAUGCAACACCUGUAAUUGGUUGUGAUUUUCAAAAUGGUUGUUCAAAUGGAGCAUGUAGAGAUAGUGAAGAUGGAAAUGGUUGUGAAGAUGGAAAUAAUUGUGAAGAAGAAAAUAGAACAAAUUUAAAUAACGAUCCUCAGAUUUUACGACAUCUCGUUUUUCUUAUUUUAUUGUCAUGUUCCAUGUUUAUUGGCUUAUCGAUAUCCGUGGGCAUAUUAAUAAUGGAACAGUUAACUGGCAUUUAUGCAGAGCUUGCAUUCUUAGAUGUAACUUUGAAUUUUGGACAGUCAUUAAUAGCAUUUGCUAUUUUUGGAUUAGAUCCUGGCUUAGGAAAAUUAGGAUGUUGGUUGCGCAAGAUGUGUAGAAAAUGGCAUUCUGGAAAAGAAUUGCAACUUCCUUGUGAGGAAGCUCUCAGUCCAGAAGUGAAAGAGAUUCGAGAACAAUUUAAUCGAUGUCAUUUAGAUGCAUGUCGAGCACGUAUAUCCAUGUGCCGUAGACGAUUACUGAAGGUAUACAGAGGAGUUUUUUCGGGAACAGAUUUGGUCAACUGGUUGCUCGAAGUUGGCAUUGUUAAUAGUCGGGAGGAUGCCGUGCGAUAUGGUCGCUGCUUGUUGGAAAGUAGAGUUUUGCAGCAUGUCGAUGGUACACAUCACUUUUGUGAUCAAAAUCUACUGUAUACGUUUAAUGCAUAAUUAAUUUUGCAAAUUUUUGGGUAAAAUUUUGUUGACAAAAUAGUUCCAUUCAUAUUUAUAUUUCAAAUAAGUAUUUGAGUGAAAGGUAAAAUUAUGAUUGAAUUAUAAUAAUUCGUAGUAAUAAUCGAACCUCGGCGUCCCUUAUUCAUUCAGUCAGUACAAUCUCUUAUUUCUAAAUUUUUUAAAUGCAGAUUUUUAUAUGUAUAUUUUAAUACACAUAGAAUGGAAAUUUAUACAAUCAUCUUCAUGUGUUAUUAACAUGUGUCACUAAUUUCUUUUUCUUAUUGGAUUUCCUUAAUAGAACAAAUUGUGUAAUUUUUAUUUAUAAAGUAUCUAUUUCACUAGUUAAUUUUACUCAUUUGUAUAUCAAAUAUAAAAUAAGAAAAAUGCAAAAGAAGUUUAUAAAGGCUGUAUUAACCAAAAAUAGCAGUAUGAAUAUGAGGCUUUGACUACAUAUAUAUAUAUAUAUAUAUAUAUAUAUAUAUGUUUAAAAUAAUUUUGUAAAAAAUGAGCACACAACAAAUUAGUUAAGUAACUUUCUGUUUGUGGUUUUGUACUAGUAUAGUUAUUACUUUGCUUAUAUUUGUGACACAAUUUAUAAAGGAUAUUUCUCAGAUUAUAUAGUCUCACAAAAAAUAUCAUUUAUCGAUAAAAAUAUUCUUUUUGAAUAUAUACAUUAAUAAAAUGCGGUACAAUUUAUAUUGCAUAGUAUAGUAACAUAUUCCUAUUAUUUUUAUUGAAAGGCAGUAUCAGUAUUACAUACUGUUUAACUAUUUUAUUGUGUCCUUUGUAUAAAAUGGAUAAAGGCUGUGUUUAGUAUAUUGCACUCUCAAAUACAUAGUUUCACUGGUCGAAGUAAAGAAAGCUAUUUUUAUAAAAAGCUUAAUUAUUUAUUUUACUACAUUUAAUCAAGAAUGUUUGACGAAAAUGAACUGAAUGACCAAAACGCCACAGAAGAUAAUUAGAAAGUAUAUAAAUCAUUUGAAUUACAAUGUUAAUUAUAUCAAGUUAUAAGACUUUUGUAAAAUGUUUCGAAAAAUUUAUCAAAUUUUUUGUGAAUCUCUAUUUAUGAUUUUAUUCUUCGUAUUAAACUUGUUUAUCAUUUUAUUUAUUGAAAUCUAUUAUAAAUACUAUGUAAAUCAAUGAGUAAUAAAUACACGACAAUUACAAAAUAAAAAA